CUAACCCCAAUCUCAGCCGUCAAUACCAGUCCACGACUCCAUCCAGUCAUCCAAUCAUCAACCCCUCCAAAUCCACGCUGGACUCUCUCUUUCUCUCUCUCUGUCUCCCUCUCUCUCUCAGCCUGAAAAUCGUCGACACAGCGAUUCCACCGUGUCGACGAUCUCUCACGAACGAAGCUCUAAUUUUCUCUCCCUAAAUCGAAUGAGAUUCAGUGUUUUUCUUACUUACCACCUCAUUUUUUGAUACAUAUAUGAUAUAAUUAAAGUUUAUUUGGCUGUUGGGUGACUGAGUUGAGUCAGUAGUUCAGAUUGACCGAGUUGCGGAUACGACGCACAUUCAUGUGUAUAACAUAAUGGUUUGACUGAUAUUGGAGGAAGUGGUGUAGUCUCGACAAUGGGUAGUGCUGAGAUGGAUAAAUCUUCUAAGGAGGGCAAAGAAACAAAGGAGUCAAAAUUUUCUUCUUCGCAGGAGCAGAAUUCAGCAACUUCUGGUAUGGUUACUGCUGAAUGGGCUGCCUUUCAGGGGUAUUCUCCUAUGCCUUCACAUGGGUUCUUGGCAUCAAGUCCGCAACCGCACCCAUAUAUGUGGGGAGUUCAGCAAUUUAUGCCACCCUUCGGCACUCCACCCCAUCCGUACGUUGCAAUGUAUCCCCCCGGGAGUAUAUAUGCACAUCCAACUAUUCCUCCAGGAUCAUACCCUUUCAGCCCUUUUGCUAUGCCAUCUCCAAAUGGUAUUGCUGAAGCUUCUCCUAACACUCCCGGCAACAUGGAACUGGAUGGUAAGUCAUCUGAGGGGAAGGAAAAACUUCCCAUCAAAGUAUCUAGGGGAAGUUUAGCCAGUUUGAAUAUGGUUACUGGGAAGGAUAUUGAACCUGGUAAAACAUCUGGUGCAUCUGCAGAUGGUGUGCAUUCCAAGAGGUAUGAUGAAAGUACAAAACAACUAAAUUGAAGGAGACAAAUAAUUUCAUAGUUGUAGUAGGAUAUGAAGGUACACUUAUAAUAAUUUGUGCCAGGUUCUUACUUUUGGCAAGAUACUGG